GGUGGCGGUCCGAGUAACAGCAAGAUACUACAAGCGGUUACGAUGAGGUGAGGAGCCCACAGCUGGCGGCAUUCAAGCGAGUUGGUUGUGAUGAUAUCACUCACAGGAGAACGUCGGCUGAGAUUGGACCGUCCGUACCGAGAAUCUUUCCUGCCUGAGCGUCAUGAGAACGAGCAGCGGAUUCUCCGGACCGUUCAAUAAUUGUAAGUAUUUCACCCAGAUGUUGAGAACCGCUGCUUCAUACCAUGUCGACCCCAAAACGCAUCUGUCAAAUUGUCAAGUUGAAACCAUCGUCCGAGGCAGAAUGUAGAGAAUGUCACGCCGCUGUGUGGCCUAGUGUACUCGCGGCGCUGGAACGCGCCCAUAUCGUCGACUAUUCCAUCCAUUAUUAUGCGCCGCUUCACCUCCUCAUUGCCAACAUGAAAUAUACUGGUACUGAUUAUGAGGCCGAUAUGAAGAAAGUUGCCGAGGAUCCCGAGACGCAGAAGUGGUGGGCAAUAACCGAUGUGAUGCAGGAGAGUCUAGUCGAAGAUGCUGCCGGCAGUGGAAAGGAUAUACCGUGGUGGGCGGAUGUCGAAGAGGUUUUUAGGUUCGAGGGAAAGCCUUAAACAGGGCAGUUGGAAGGAAGCUUAUACAUGUGUUACAAGCUCGUCAUUCGAAUUCUAUCCAAUGAAUACGAAGUAUCGCCAUCGCUGCGACCCAGUGCUGCGCA